AUGCGCGGUCUCCGGCUGCCGGCCUGCGCUCCGGGCAUCAGCUCUCGGUCGGUAUUGAGACCGCAGAGCACUGUACUCCGAGAGUUGCUUUCCCAGUCAAAUCGACCUUCCGUGCGAUCCACCGGCUUCAAUUAUAUCAACCGAUCUUAUUCAACCCCCUCCGAAGCUCUUCGCGACAGGCCCGGUCGUCUUUUCCGGUCGGCCGAAGCCCCCCUGUUAAUUCACCAAAAUGGCCUCCAAAAUACCCCGUCGACGUCCAGUAUGAUUUCACAAUCUCGAUCGUUCUGUUCCACCCCUCGACAUCUUGAAAAAAAAGCGCCUGUGCCCUCCAAUCCCACCACUUCUCCCGGCCGCUCGGUUCCGGAAAAGGAAGAAGAUGAUUUUGACAAAGGAUUCGAGCUCUCGGAACGAGCAGCACAAGCCGCACAAGUUAAUCUGAGUGCUAGGCUGGCUAAAGAUGGUGCUUCGGGCAAGAAAUCUGGCUUCUCUGAAAUUUGGCGACUGUUGAAGGUUGCACAGCCCGAAUCCAAGAAGCUCGGACUUGCAUUCUUCUUUUUGCUGAUCUCUUCGGGUAUUACUAUGUCGAUUCCCUUGUCGAUUGGAAAGAUUAUGGAUACGGCUACCAAGAGCGUGACAGAGGGCGGUGGUGAGCUUUUUGGCUUGAGUAUGCCGAUGUUCUACAGCGCUCUGGCAGGUGUACUGGUCAUCGGCGCCGCUGCCAACUAUGGCCGCAUCAUCAUCCUUCGCAUCGUUGGUGAGCGCAUCGUCUCUAGACUUCGUUCCAAGCUCUUCCGUCAAACUUUCAUCCAAGACGCUGAGUUCUUUGAUGCCAACCGUGUUGGUGAUCUGAUUUCUCGACUGGGCUCUGAUACCAUUAUCGUGGGUAAGAGUAUCACCCAGAAUUUGUCCGACGGAUUACGUGCCGCGGUAAGCGGUGCAGCUGGUUUCAGUCUGAUGGCCUACACUAGCUUGAAGUUGUCCAGUAUCUUAUUCUUGUUGCUUCCGCCAAUCGGUCUGGGUGCUCUCUUCUAUGGUCGUGCCAUUCGGAACCUCAGUCGACAGAUGCAGAAGAACCUGGGUACAUUGACCAAGAUUGCCGAGGAACGCUUGGGCAAUGUGAAGACAAGUCAGUCCUUUGCGGGCGAAAUUCUUGAGGUGAAUCGAUACAACAAACAGGUCCGCAAAAUAUUCCAAACCGGCAAGCGGGAAUCUCUGAUUAGUGCGGCUUUCUUCAGCUCGACGGGUCUUAUGGGCAACAUGACGGUUCUGUGUCUUCUCUACGUUGGAGGUGGAAUGGUCCAAUCUGGAGCCAUCACCAUCGGAGAAUUGACCUCCUUCCUGAUGUAUACAGCGUACGCUGGUUCCAGCAUGAUUGGUCUUUCCAGUUUCUACUCCGAGCUCAUGAAAGGUGUCGGUGCAGCAAGUCGACUCUUCGAGCUACAGGAUCGACACCCGACCAUCCACCCGACCAAGGGCAGGAGGGUGGACUCGGCACGUGGGCCUAUUCGCUUUGAGAAUGUCACUUUCAGCUACCCCACUCGUCCUGCAGUGACCAUCUUCAAGAAUUUGGAUUUCGAGAUCCCACAAGGAACUAAUGUUGCCAUUGUCGGACCUUCUGGAGGUGGCAAGUCAACCAUCGCAUCUCUUCUACUCCGCUUCUACAGCCCUACUGCUGGUAGAGUUUUGAUUAAUGGGACGGACAUUAGUGGAAUGAACGCCAAAUCCCUUCGACGAAAGGUUGGCGUUGUUUCCCAAGAACCUGUUCUCUUCUCCGGCACCAUUGCCGAGAACAUUUCAUAUGGUCUGCCAGACGCAACUCGAUCAGAGAUUGUUGCUGCGGCCCGAAAGGCCAACUGCCAGUUCAUCAGUGACUUCCCCGAUGGCCUUGACACACAUGUUGGAGCCCGCGGUGCGCAAUUGUCCGGUGGACAGAAACAACGCAUUGCCAUUGCCCGCGCACUAAUCAAGAACCCCGAUAUUUUGAUUCUUGACGAGGCCACAUCGGCGCUUGAUGCCGAGUCGGAGACCCUGGUCAACAGUGCAUUGGCCGCUUUGCUCCGGGGCAACAACACGACCAUCAGUAUUGCCCACCGUCUUUCAACAAUCAAACGCUCUGACACUAUUAUUGUUCUUGCACCCGAUGGCACAGUUGCCGAGCAAGGCUCCUACACGGAGCUUAGCGCUCGUCCAGAUGGAGCUUUCACCAAGCUCAUGGAGUGGCAAAUGAGUGGUGGAGAAGCCACACAGUCUCCCAAACGGCCUGCGGAACCUGAAGAGCUUUGGGAGCUGCAGAGGGAGGCGGAGGCGGAGCCAGAGCUCUCGGACGAGGAGGUUGUUGAACAUCCGCCCCACAAAAAGGAUUAG